ACUACAUUACCCAGAAUGCAGAUGUGGCCAGGCAGUCCCGCUGUCGGACUUGAAGUGUCCCUUGGGCUGUGAAAGAAUGAAGAUGAACGUUGGGUUGACUUUGAGGGCAGCGAAAGGCUGCUGGAGGGUGAACCUCAGCCAACAGUGCGCACAUGGAUCCAUUGGACUAUUUGUGCCACCGAGUCCUCCUGUGGACCCUGAGAAGGUCAAAGAGCUACAGCGCUUCGUCUCUCUUUCCAAGAAACUCCUAGUGAUGACGGGGGCCGGGGUCUCCACUGAGUCAGGGAUCCCGGACUACAGGUCUGAAAAGGUGGGACUCUAUGCCCGCACCGACCGGAGGCCCAUCCAGCAUCGGGAUUUUGUGCAGAGGGCUCCAGUCCGCCAGCGGUACUGGGCGAGGAACUUCGUGGGCUGGCCUCGGUUCUCCUCUCAUCAGCCUAACCCUGCCCACUGGGCUCUGAGCAGCUGGGAGAGACUCGGAAAGCUGUACUGGCUGGUGACCCAGAAUGUGGACGCCUUGCACACCAAGGCGGGGAGUCAGCGCCUCACCGAGCUGCACGGAUGCAUGCACAGGGUCCUCUGCCUGGCCUGUGGAGAGCAGACCCCGCGUGGGGUGCUGCAGGAGCGCUUCGAAGCCCUGAACCCCACCUGGAGGGCCGAGGCCCACGGCCUGGCUCCCGACGGCGACGUCUUUCUCACGGAGGAGCAGGUGCAGAGCUUUCGGGUCCCCCCCUGCGCUCGCUGCGGAGGCCCCCUGAAACCAGAUGUCGUUUUCUUCGGGGACACAGUGAACCCCGACAAGGUCGACUUUGUGCACAGGCGCGUCAAAGAAGCCGACUCUCUCUUGGUGGUGGGAUCGUCCUUACAGGUGUACUCUGGUUACAGGUUUAUCCUCACUGCCCGGGAGAAGAAGUUACCAAUUGCGAUACUGAACAUCGGGCCCACGCGGUCGGACCACUUGGCCUGCCUGAAGCUGGAUUCUCGGUGUGGGGAGCUGCUGCCUUUAAUAGACCCACAGUGACCACGGCCUGAUGUUCCUGAGCCAGAGCUGGGACUUUUGCGUGUAUCCAGCUGCUAAAGAUCCCUAAGGAUUCAUCCCUUCUUCCUUUAGUCGAAGCUCCCGAGUGCAGCCUGUAGAGGGCAGCAAACCGGCACCUCUCCGCCAGCC